AUUGGAAAUAAGAAAACUUUCUACGUCUGUCGCGGGCUCAAACUUAACUAAACACUAUCGAACUCUCUACUACCAUCACCCACACCCCACUAGGGUUUCGAAUUUCGACUCUUCCUUUCUUUCUAUUCCCGCAAUGGCGAAGCCGACGACGAGAGGCCGUCGCUCACCUUCUAUCUCCGGCUCCUCUUCCCGUUCUCGGUCACGGUCCAAGUCUCGUUCCCGCUCUUAUUCCGGCUCCGACUCAAAGUCUAGUUCCCGUUCUCGCUCUGUGUCCAGGUCGAGAUCCGCUUCUCCUUCUAGCUCUCGCUCCAGAUCUUCCUUCUCUUCUUCUCCUUCUCGUAGCGGUCGCUCUCGAAGUCGCAGCCCUCCUAAGCGCCGAAGUCCUGUGCCUGGAUCUAGGCGAGGUAAUUCCCCUCCACCACAAUCUAAAAAGUCAUCUCCAGCCCCAAGGAAGGCUUCUCCCAUCCGUGAGUCUCUGGUUCUCUAUGUUGACUCACUGAGCAGGAAUGUCAAUGAAGGCCAUCUAAGAGAAAUAUUCAGUAAUUUUGGUGAAGUUGUAAAUGUGGAUCUAGCCAUGGACCGUAUUCUUAAUCUUCCGCGAGGAUAUGGCUAUGUUGAAUUCAAGACAAGAGCAGAUGCUGAAAAAGCUCUACUUUACAUGGAUGGUGCUCAGAUUGAUGGCAAUGUUGUAAGAGCGAAGUUUACACUUCCUCCACGACCAAAAGUUUCACCACCUCCAAAGCCAAUUUCUUCUGCUGCUAAAGGAGAUGUUCCUAAAUCUGAUAAUGCCAGUGCUGAUAUUGAGAGGGGUGGGCCAAAGCGACCACGGGAGUCUUCACCUCAACGGAAAUCCCUGCCCUCACCUAGACAGAGAUCACCUGUUGGUCGAAGAGGUGGAUCUCCCAGACGACCACCAGAGUCUCCACGUCGUCGAGUAGAUUCUCCUGUUCGUCGUAAUGGUGAAACACCUCCCAGGCGCCGCCCUGCAUCUCCUGUCAGAGGUCGUUCUCCGUUGUCUCCUCCAAGGCGGCUUAGAUCUCCCCCAAGGGCAUCUCCUCGCAGGAUGCGUAGUCCAAUCCGAAGACGUUCUCCUCCUCCAAGGCGCCGUUCACCUCCUAGACGUGCACGUAGUCCUCCAAGAAGGUCUCCUCUAGGUCGUAGACGGAGCCGUUCUCCAAUUCGUAGACCUGCUCGUUCUCGUUCAAGGUCAUUCUCACCUCGUAGAGGUAAAGGACCAGCAGCGAGACGUGGGAGGUCAUCAUCCUAUUCCAGAUCACCUAGCCCCUGGAAGGUACCGAGGAGGAUUUCUAGGAGCCGCAGUCCUAGAAGGCCAUUGAGGGGAAGAAGCAGCAGCAACAGCAGUAGCAAUAGUUCUCCGCCUCGUAAGCCGUAAACAGUAGGGUUAUUGUAAUGGAUUUUAGUUUUAGUUGUGAAUGAUGUAAUAUCAGAGUUGUAGUUUUGACUUUAUCUAUUUUAAUUGGAUCUUAACAAUGUCAAAUUGUCGGCUCUGAAUCUCCCAAGUAAUAUCAUGUGUCAUUUACAAUUUUCCUGAUAAA